AUGGCGCAGACCAACUUCGAUCUGAAAGGCUACUUGCCGCUGAUCGCUUCUGGCAAGGUCCGCGAACUAUACGAGAUUGAUGCGAACAGCCUUCUAUUUGUAGCAACAGAUCGCAUAUCAGCUUAUGAUGUGAUCAUGAGCAACGGCGUGCCACAGAAGGGCGCCAUUCUGACGUCCAUCAGCAAGUUCUGGUUCAGCUAUCUCACGUCGCAGAUCCCAUCCCUCAGAACACAUCUGCUGUCCACACCAAUACCAUCCGGCAUUCCAGGUGACGUGGCUGCUCAGAUCGCUCCCAGGUCGAUGGUGGUCAGAAAGCUCAAGGUCUUCCCAAUCGAGGCCAUCGUUCGAGGUUAUAUUACCGGCUCAGCCUGGUCCUCCUAUCAAAAGACAGGCGAAGUCAACGGCAAGAACUUGCCACAAGGCUUGCAGGAGUCCGACCAAUUCCCUGAACCUCUAUAUACCCCGAGCACCAAGGCUGAAUUGUACGCCAAGCGAAUCGAGGAUCUAGCCAUUCAGAUAUACCAGGUAGCUCGAGACUAUGCCAAGACGAAGGGCAUUAUCAUUGCAGAUACCAAGUUCGAGUUCGGCUUGGACGAGGAGACUGACGAGGUCGUGCUGAUCGACGAAGUGUUGACGCCUGACAGUUCCAGGUUCUGGCCAGCGGCGUCGUACGUGGUCGGAAAAGGCCAAGAUAGCUUUGACAAGCAAUUCUUGCGAGACUGGUUGACCAAGGAAGGUCUGAAGGGCAAAGAUGGCGUUUCGAUGCCUGAGGAUGUCGUGCAGCGGACCUCGGAGAAGUACCAGGAGGCAUUCAAGAUGCUCACAGGCAAGUCGCUGGAGGAGGCUUUGCGCACAUCGUAG